CAAGACUCCCGUGCGGUUGCGUGAUGCCCCUGCUCCCCUUCGUCCCUACCCAGCACCGCCACACCCCGCCUCCCUGGCGGCUGCCGCAUGUCGCCAAUCCCUAGCUGCGGCCGUGCGCCCCUGUUUCCGGGGCGCAGCACCGCCGCUGCAGGCUCGCAUGGAGGCCACGCAUCACCCGGACGCCAGGGACCUACGCAGCUCCGAGUGCCACGGUUGGCCGCGCGUCGCCAUGGCUUCGCCCUCCGAGUCGUCGCGUUCGAUGCCGCUGGUCCAAUCAAGCACCACCACGACGAUCGCUUCGACAAGAUGACUCCGCUUCGCCGAUCCCGGUUACCGCCCGCCCGAGCUCCGCCGUCCGCGAGCAGCACCUGCACUGGUUGCCGCCGGCCAAUUUCAGGAGGCGUGUCCGCCAUGGACGUUUGGUUCUCGAGCCUUUGCAAAAGCACCCUCCAGCAACUCGAUCUGAUCCUGCCCUCUCGUCAAAUUAAGGAACGCAGUUCGAGAGCUGUGAAGAUGAAGAUUGAGAUGCAAAAAGCAAGUGUUGAUGACUCUGAGCAGUUAUUAUCUGGCUUUAAGAGAAGACAAAGCUGCUUGAAGUUUGCUGAAGAUGUUGCUGAGUUCUAGGCGCAUGCAACCCCGGUCGAUUGCCUGUGAAGUGUGGAGCCGUUGUUUUUAAUUGAAGCUGUGUAUCUCUGAUAGUUUUUUUAAUUGUUGUAAGUCUCUUUUACAUGACAUUAUUGCACAUUUUGCCAUUAUGACGUCACUAUAUGUAUGGAACUUGAUCCUGACAUACAUGUAGUUAUGCAUUCGUUUUUUUUAAA